CAUUCUAGCAGCUGUCAAAGCUCCGUUUUAAAACGGAGAAAAAAUCAUUCCCUUCUGCUGGUUCGAAAAGUGUGAGAGUUUUCGUUUCUAAUUUUUCCGUAAAAAUCAUUCAAAAUGGUUUCUUUGAACCCGAUCCGUAUCCUGAAGAAUGAAGCGGAAGAGGAGAAGGGCGAAAUCGCUCGGCUGUCCUCGUUUGUCGGUGCCAUCGCCAUCGGGGAUCUGGUCAAAAGCACUCUCGGCCCCAAGGGAAUGGACAAAAUUUUGGUUUCGUACGGACGAAGCGCCGGCCAGGUCCAGGUCACUAAUGAUGGGGCCACGAUUCUGAAAGCCGUUGGCGUGGACAAUCCGGCUGCCAAAAUUUUGGUCGAUAUGAGCCGGGUUCAAGACGAUGAAGUCGGCGAUGGAACAACGUCCGUCACGGUGCUUGCCUCGGAGUUGCUGCGAGAAGCAGAAAAGCUGAUCGAGAAGAAACUGCACCCUCAGACGAUCAUUGCCGGAUGGCGUGCUGCUACUCAGACCGCUAGGAAUGCUUUAAUCGCAGCCGCUCAGGAUAACUCUCAGGUUCCGGAAAAGUUCCGCGAGGAUCUGAUCAAUAUCGCGCGGACCACGUUGAGCUCGAAGAUUCUUUCGCAGCACAAGGAACACUUCACUAAACUGGCUGUCGAAGCCGUAUUGCGUUUGAAAGGUUCCGGCGAAUUGACCGCCAUCCAGAGAAUCAAGAAGACUGGAGGCUGCUUGGAGGAUUCUUUCUUGGACGAGGGAUUCCUGUUGGACAAAAAGCCUGGUGUCCAUCAGCCUAAGCGUGUCGAAAAUGCCAAGAUUCUUAUCGCAAACACUCCUAUGGACACCGAUAAGAUCAAGGUGUUCGGUUCCAGCAUCAAGGUUGAUUCGAUGGCGAAAAUUGCCGAAUUGGAGGUUGCCGAGAAAGAAAAGAUGAAAGAUAAGGUCAACAAGAUUCUGGCCCACAACUGCAAUGUGUUCAUCAACCGUCAGCUGAUCUAUAACUAUCCGGAACAGUUGUUCGCCGAUGCUGGUGUAAUGGCCAUCGAGCAUGCCGACUUCGAUGGAAUCGAGCGGUUGGCUCUGGUUACCGGAGGUGAGAUCGUUUCCACUUUCGAUAAUCCCGAUCUGGUCCGCAUUGGCAAGUGUGACGUCAUCGAGCAGGUGAUGAUCGGAGAAGAUACUCUGCUGCGAUUCAGUGGCGUUCCACUUGGUGAAGCCUGUACGAUCGUCAUCCGCGGAGCGACUGAGCAGAUCAUUGACGAAGCAGAGCGUUCGCUCCAUGAUGCUCUGUGUGUGUUGGCAGCCACAGUAAAGGAAUCACGCAUCGUGUACGGUGGUGGUUGCUCCGAAACUCUCAUGGCCACGGCCGUAUUUAAACUGGCUGCCGAAACCCCCGGCAAGGAAGCUAUGGCCAUUGAAUCGUUUGGUCGUGCCCUGCUUCAGCUGCCAACUACGAUUGCGGACAACGCCGGGUACGACUCUGCUCAACUUGUUUCGGAACUGCGCGCUGCUCAUUCCCAGGGCAAGAACACAAUCGGUCUGAACAUGAACGAGGGCAAAAUCGGCUGCAUGAAGGAGCUGGGAAUUACCGAAUCGUUUGCCGUCAAGCGUCAGGUGCUGCUGUCGGCUUCCGAAGCCGCUGAAAUGAUUCUUCGUGUAGACAACAUUAUCAAGAGCGCACCCAGGAAGCGUGUCCCGGACCGUGGAUACUGCUAAGCGAUUUCUCAACUACUUUAGUGCUUAAUAAUCGUUUCCUCUUUAAUUAUUGUACUACGCUGAAGCUGCAUUACUCACCUUAAGCAUUGCACCUAGUUCAGUUUGGAGGACAAGAAAAAAACAUCGAGUAUUCGAUAAAGAACAACUAUACUUCAUUGCAGCCUUAACCCCAUCAUAAUCACCAGUGUCACACACUUUUAACUAACUUACGUAUUUUUUUGCAAACCAAAUCAUACAUUUCGUGCUUGAAAAUAUAAUAAUGAUUAUAGAGCUGGAACGCUAGACGUUCCCGAUUAAACAAUAAACAUUCACCCCAAUUCUUAAAUGAAA